GACUCAAAUCCAGUUGAACAGAGACGUCCAGUCGCAGACAGAAGCUGCUGCCGUAGACUACAUUCGCAUUUCUCAAUUCAAGUUUAAGCAACGCUCAGAGGCCGACAGACCCAGACUCACUGAGUCAGUGCUAAACGACAGCGCGUCGCGUGUGGACGAGUUUCUGGUAGUCUGUGAUUUAUAAACGAAGCGCAAAUUAAAAAAUCAAAACAACAAAACGAGCAAAGAAGUAAAAAAAAAAAAAAAAAGUGUUCAGCCGCAAAAUGUUUGCGCUAUUCGGAGCUGCUUUGCUGCUCUCGCUGCAAGCCACACUGGCCCCAGCUCAGCUGAUUACGUUGCGCGAUGGCAAGGUGGGCGUCAACUUUGCCGGCUUCCAUGCCGAUGCCGGACUGGGCGGCCUGCUGACGGGCAACGCAGCCCAUGGCGGCCUCAGCGCCUCCGCGGGCACACCCUGGGGAUCGCGUGCCGCAGCUGGCAUUGGUGGCGGUCUCAACGGUCGCACCGCUGGCGGUGCAUAUGCAGCGGCUCAGGCUAACGAUGACGUCGGCGCCAGCGCGCUGCUUGGCGGCAGCGUGGGCGAGCAUGGCUACAUCGGCUCCGAGGCACACGCGAAUGGCCGCAAGGCCAGCCACUCUGUCAACCUGGGCACCAAGCCGGUCUCCGCGGACUCAGAAACCGUUGAGGAUGCGCCGCCAGUGAUCCCAACCGCCGGCCCAACCACCUACGUGCAGAAGGUCAAGCCGCCCAAGAAGUAUUCGCUGAUUGCCCAGAAUUCCGACCACAUCGCGCCCAAUCAAAUCAAUGAAAAUCAUGCUGAAACGGCCGCAGCGCCGGCCACAGAGCAAGCGCCCAGCCCAGUGAUAAUUGUCAAGCGGCCACGCCUACACGUCAAGCGUCUACGCCAACGCCAACGCAACGUAUACAUAACGCAGGCGGCACAGCAGCCGCAGCAGCAGGAGGAGCAGCAGCAGCAGGAGAAGGAGGAGCAGGAAACUGUCGCUGAACCGGCGAAGACGCAGUCGUCGCCCAAAAGUGAAGCCAAGGCGGUCCACAAAUCCGCAAAGGGCCCUCGCCAAGGAACGCAGGGCAUCAGACAUCACGUCGUAUCACCGCAGGCUCAAGGAGUCGUUGGCCAGGCACUCGACAUUCCCAUUGGCAUAUUGCGCUCCCUGCAGAUGAGCCUGGGCGGCUUGGUUGGCGGACACGCAGCAGCUGCCCAGCCCAAUGAUCAACCACAGCUGGGCUGAGUGAACGUGUUGAACAGAAUAUAUUAAGAACAGCAAAAUGUCGUACAGUCAAUAAAGCUAAUUAAACGAUAUAAAUAA